GUGUCAUAUGAUCAUGCAACAUGAUCACCAAGGAAGAAGAUUCAUUGUGGGCACGUGGUUUUCGAAAAACGGACGUAUAAACUUUAAGAAAGUGUAUAACCAGUUGGCGGCGUGGGUUUAACUGGAGUACUUAUUGUCAAGAUACAAUACUUUUAAAGAUGAUUCGUGCAGUUAUCUACGGAUGCCUACUGGCAACAUCACUGGCUUUUACAACCUUCCUCGACAAAGAGUGGGAGUCGUACAAAUCAGUUUAUGGCAAGCAGUAUGAAUCUCACGUGGAGGGAUUAAGACGCCAGAUUUGGGAGGAUAACAUCAAAUAUAUUGAACUACACAACCUGGAGGCAGACAGAGGACUACAUACAUACAGACUGGGCAUGAACAAAUACGGAGACAUGACAAUCGACGAAUUUGUAUCUGUAAUGAAUGGAUACAAACAGAACGGAACAAGAGUUACCUGUGGUACAUAUAACCCACCAAUGAACGUAGAUUUAUCAUCCCUGCCAGAGACAGUAGACUGGAGAACGAAAGGAUAUGUUACUGACGUAAAAGAUCAAGGACAAUGCGGAUCCUGUUGGUCUUUCUCAACCACUGGUUCCCUCGAGGGGCAAAACUUCAAGAAAACAGGAAAACUAGUUUCCCUUUCUGAGAAGAACCUAAUGGACUGUUCCAAGUCUGAAGGUAAUAAAGGAUGUAAGGGUGGAGAUGUGGAUAGAGCUUUCGCUUACGUCAUCAAAAAUAAGGGAAUUGACACUGAAAAGUCCUACCCGUACGAACCAAAAGCAAGACCGUGUAUGUUCAAACAACAGAGUGUUGGAGCUACAGAGAGAAGCUGUAUGGACAUCAAAUCUGGAUCUGAAGACAAUUUAAAAUCUGCUGUAGCAACUGUUGGUCCAGUUUCUGUCGCCAUUGACGCUAAUCAUCGAUCAUUCCAACUGUACAGAUCCGGCGUUUACAGUGAAAGGAUGUGUUCCUCUACGAAGCUUGACCACGCUGUUCUUGCUGUCGGUUACGGAAAGGAAAAGAUGGAUGAUUAUUGGCUGGUAAAGAACAGUUGGGGCAACAGUUGGGGACAGAAAGGUUACAUCAUGAUGUCAAGAAACAAGAGAAACCAAUGUGGAAUCGCCACGGAAGCAAGUUUUCCUACCAUGUAAUCACACGAGACAGAAAAUUUGGGUUUUGACAGUUCUGAUUGGCUGAUUUGAAUAAACAAUAUCAUUGUUUCUUGGAUUGCUGAAUAUAGUUGACGUGCUGUGUAACAUUUUGGAAAGUAAUGUUUCUCAUUGCUCUAUUCGUUCUGCAAUAAAUGAUUUUGUAAAUUCUUGAUUUUAUUUCUGUUCAUAGUAUUUAUUGCAAAUUGUUGUAAAUAGGUGUUUAAACUAUUGUACACAUAUAAUUUUAGAUGUAUCUUUUCCCCAGCAUUAUUGAUAUCAUUUUUAGGCUCAAACAUUGAAAAUAGCAUGUUCAAUACGUUGUUUGAACGGCAAAGAAAUAGAUUGUGGAUCACACCAUGUAUAUAAAUAUAUCAUAUAGAUCGGAACACAUACUAUACUUAAUAUAUUAAUAAAAUACAUGAAAUAUCA